UGCAUAUUGUGGCAAAUGUCACACGUUCUGACCCUACAUCAUCCUUGGAAAUAUGUUAGUGGACAACAACGCAUACUGCGGUGUAAACCUUUGGUCCGUUCCUUCUUCUAUAUAAAGUAAUUCUAUUCUAAUCUUGGCUUCAGAUCGGACCGGCAAUCAGUCAUGCUUCUCUUUCCACCAUCAUCUAUUUUACCAACGCCGCCUAGUAGACGCAUGGCUGGUGAUACUCACGUAGAUGGCUGGUGAUACUCACGUAGAUGGCUGGUACCUGGCUGUAGUGAGGCUGUACAUCAGUUAGCGCCUGGUCACGCAUAGGCGGACACUCAGCGACGACUUGGCUGCUAUUGUGACGUAGGUUUCGUGCCUCCAGGACUCAUUGCUCACUGUGUGAUCAACCAUGCUAGUUGCGACGUGGCGGACAGCAUCUUCAGUUCCUGGUGUUGAUUUUCGGUAUUGUGUCGGCCGCAAGUUGGUGGGCGACAGAACAGCCAAGUCCCGACUCAGCCCAGCGUGCCUAACGGAAUCGCAGUUUGCCGACGAUGCAGCUUUGUACACCACGUCGCUCCCCUUUCUCGAGACCAUGGCGAACGAGUUCAUUGAAUGUGCUUCGCAGUGGGGGUUGACGGUCAGCAUCCAGAAGACCAAGGCAAUGGUAGUGAAUCCCCACCAUCCCCCGCCGGCAUCCGUCAUCGUCGGUGACGACGAUCACAUCGACCUCGUCCAGGAGUUCACCUAUCUCGGCAGCACUCUCAGCACGGGUGGCUCCUUGGACAAGGAGGUCACCUCCAGACCGGCCAAGACUUCCCGCGUGUUUGGUAGUCUGCAGAAGCCCAUAUUCCAGUGCCGUCGCUUAUGUGAUCACAUCAACAGAACAGUAUAAAAGGCUGUUGUCAUGCCGACGCUGUUUUGCGGGGCAGAGACCUGGGCUGUUAAGGCUACACAUCUCCGCCAUCUCAACCGCUUCCACCGGUCCUCGAUCCGGGCUAUACUGGGCGUGUCCAGAUCCACUCAGCGAUCGGACCACCUCACCAGCAACGAGCUUGCCCGCAGAGCGAGGCUGCCAGCCGACAUCAAUGUGCUGCUUCGUGAGCAUUGUCUGCGCUGGCUUGGGCACGUUGCACGUAUGAGCCCGGAGCGGAUGCCUCAGCAAGUUCUCUUCAGAGAGUUGCCACCGACUCGACCACGCCAUGGACCGAAGAAGCGUUGGCGGGAUGUGCUUGUUGACGACCUGCAUGACGCGGACAUCCCUCAACAACACUGGUUGGCCAUGGCACAGGAUCGUCCAGCCUGGCGACGGAAGAUCUUCAGUGACCGCCUCCCUCCCCCCGGCUCCUCUACUCACCAAGCCGUUCAGCUGCGCAUGCGGACGGUCGUUCCGCAGAAGUGGCGACCUCAAGCGUCAUCGGCAUUUCUACCUGGCUCAUCAAGCCUAUUAUCGCUUCCCGGGCGAUGGGGCGUCACAAGGUCACAAGGUGUGUGUGCGUGUGUGUGUGUGUGUGUGUGUGUGUGUGUGUGUGUGUGUGUGUGUGACUUUUAAUGUUUUCAUAUAAUGUUUCUCCUGACAUGAUAUGGUCAGUGGCUACGACUGUGUAUUGUAUACUGAUGUACAUUAUGAUUGUGUUGUGCCAGUCUUUGUCACUUACAGUGAUGUGUAGAACAUGAUAGUGACAGUGACUGUGUGACUUGCAAUGGGAGUGCUUGCAGGCAGGCUUGGAGCUGCAAUGUUUUCUGUGCGUAUAUCGGAGCAUGGAUGUUGGCUGUUUGGGUAUGGCGGUAUGAAUGUUGGUUGUGAGUAUUGGAGCGUGAAUGUUGGAUAUACAGUGGCGUGUGCAUUGGAGCAGAAAUGAUGACUAUACAGUCUACUUGGCUAAUAACGACUGCGGAUAUAACGACAAUUCGCGAAUAGCGACAGAAUUUCCAUGCCCAGGGCAAAGCCCAAAUCACCUGUAAUACAUAAUUAUAAUGAGACUUCGGGUAUAAGGACACUUCGCAAAUAACGACACUUUUCUGAUGCCCCGCCGAGUGUCGUUAUACGCAAAGUUGACUGUAUAUCCGAGCAUACUAUAUAAUGCACAGUUGUCUAAGACCAUGCUGUCUGAUGAUUGCUUAUACAAUGUAUAAGCUACUUCACUAAUAAUUAUGUUGACUGGGGGCAUGGUGCUAGCAGAGCCUGAUUGUCGACUGCGCAGUUCUGGUGCAAGAAUUCUGCCUGUGUGUAAAUACCUAUAUGUACUUGUAGGAGAAUUACGGUUGACUUCA